AGAGAGGGUGACAAGAACAGAGUGAGUGAGAGAGAGAGCGAGAGCGCGCGGGAGAAGACGGUAGUGGUAAGAGAGAGAGAGAGAGAAAGAGCGCGGGAGAAUAGGGAGUGAGAAGGGCAAGGAGGAAGGCCUGAAACAUGUUCGUUGGUUUUUCUUCCGGUCACUAACGAAGCGAUGCCACAAGUUUGAUUUUAAUCCGGCGGAUAAACGGGUAAAAGGUUUGGCUUGAGCCAAACGACAAGAGACGAAAAAAUAACCCAACCAAGGAAAAAAAGUAGUAAUGAGAGAUAUAUAGGGAAGAAGUUUUACAAAUCAUGUUCAUGGUAAAAGUGAAUAUUCAUUGACCAAUCAACAAACUGUUGAAACCAUCUCCAAGGAAUAAGUUUGCUGUAGUUCCUCCAACUGCACUGCUGAAACAAUGGGCAACCUGCUACGAGUCCUCACCAAGGACGACUCCACGAAGAACUAUGACGCUUACGUGGACUUUGAAAAUGCUCAGCCAACUGAGAAGGAAAUUGAUGUGUGGACCCAGGUAAACGAGGUUCUGCUCUGUUCCAACUCCAUCUUGGCUGAUAUGGCAAGCUACCACGGUGCAGCUGAGGAGAUCCGUUUAGCUAUUUCAUUCCCACAGAACCAAGAACACCAAGAGAAUGCUUGGGCAGCAGUCUACCCUAUGGUACUCAAGUUGAAGGAGUUUUAUGAGUUCUCAAUCAGUUUAGAGAAUGUCAUACCAACCUUACUUCGAGAAUUAUGUUCUUCGAACAUGACCUCACGACAACAUUUAGAAACCCAACAGGCCCUCUUCAAACAGUUUGCAGAGAUCCUGGAUUUUGUGCUGAAGUUUGAUGAUUACAAGAUGACCACUCCAGCUAUUCAGAAUGACUUCAGCUAUUACAGAAGAACAGUUAGUCGUCAGAGGAUGACGAAUGAGGAUGGUGAGGCUGGUGAAACUGAAGUGUCUAAUGAAACGGCUAAUCGGAUGUCACUAUUUUACGCCCACGCCACACCAAUGUUAAAGAUGUUAAGUGACACUACAACCAAGUUUGUGACGCAGGUAAGACACCCAACACACAGACAUUCCUCCUACAGCAGCAGUUCUUUUGUUCCAUUUUUAAGGAUGGGUAACCAUGGGGGGAGAGGCAAUCUUCAACUGUUUUCACAUUCUGUCUUUGAAUUCUACUUCAUUCUCUCUUUUUUGUAUAUAAUUUAUUAGUUGGGUGGUGGAUAUUUUGUGCCU